AUGCGGCGCGCCGCGCUGUCGUUGCUCCUCGUAUGCGCGGUGGCGCGUGCUGCCGCGGUCGUCACCGACGGUCUUCUUCCGAACGGCAACUUCGAGGAUGGCCCGCCCAAGUCGGAGCUGGUGAACGGCACGGUGGUGUCGGGCGCCAACGCCAUCCCUCGCUGGGAGACCUCCGGCUUCGUGGAGUACAUCGAGUCGGGGCACAAGCAGGGCGACAUGCUGCUGGUGGUGCCGCAGGGCGCGCACGCGGUGCGCCUCGGCAACGAGGCCGCCAUCCGGCAGCGCCUGCCCGUGACGCGCGGCGCCUACUACGCCAUCACCUUCAGCGCGGCGCGGACGUGCGCGCAGGCGGAGACGCUCAACGUGUCGGUGAGCCCCGAGUGGGGGGUGCUCCCCAUGCAGACUAUCUACGGCAGCAACGGCUGGGACUCGUACGCCUGGGCCUUCAAGGCCAAGUUCGACGCCGUGACGCUCGUCAUCCACAACCCCGGCGUGGAGGAGGACCCCGCCUGCGGCCCGCUCAUCGACGGCGUCGCCAUCCGGGCGCUGUACCCGCCGACGCUGGUCAGGGGCAACAUGCUCAAGAACGGCGGCUUCGAGGAGGGGCCCUACUUCCUGCCCAACGCGUCGUGGGGCGUGCUCGUGCCGCCCAACAUCGAGGACGACCACUCGCCGCUGCCCGCCUGGAUGAUCGUCUCCUCCAAGGCCGUCAAGUACGUGGACGCCGCGCACUUCGCCGUGCCCCAUGGCGCGCGCGCCGUCGAGCUGGUGGGCGGCAGGGAGAGCGCGCUGGUGCAGGAGGUGCGCACCGUGCCCGGGUGGAACUACCGCCUCGCCUUCGCCGUGGGGGACUCCGGCGACGGAUGCACGGGGUCCAUGGUCGCCGAGGCCUACGCGGCGCGCGCCACCGUCAAGGUGCCGUACGAGUCCAAGGGCACCGGAGGGUUCAAGCGCGCCGUGCUCGACUUCACGGCCAUCGCCAACCGCACCCGCGUCGUCUUCCAGAGCACCUUCUACCACAUGAAGGCCGACGGCGCGCUCUGUGGCCCGCUCGUCGACGACGCCUCGCUCGUCGGACUGCGCAAGAAGCCCGCCGCCGGCCGCCGCCUGCUGCAGUUCCUGUAA